AUGACCGACCUCCCCUACGACUACACAAGUUGGCAAUUCCUCGAUGCAAUCGGACAAGCAUCGCCUCUGCAACAGGAACUGCAGCCCGAGGAGGCCAUGAGUCUUGCCUUUGAGUUCCCUUCUCAUGGCCGCGGCGAGAGCGACUUUGCGUUGCUUAGCUCGGAUAAUUGCCUGCCGUACGGACAAACUUCGGCGAAGGCAGCACCAGCAACCGGGUUUAUGCAGACGCAGACGCAUACACCGCCAAUUGACAUGGGACUGGGAAUCGACAUCGAUAUGGACAUGGAGACGUUUGCACAGGGCAUGGAUUUCAUUUCAGUACCUCCCUUCCCCGAUCUCACUCUCGGCCACGGGAAAAAGACUCCCGACCGUCUCUCGCUCCUCCGCUCCACAUCCCAAAAUGCAACCGAACGAGCGUUGUUUAUGACUCCAUCCGGCAUCACCUCGCCUUCAUCCUCGUCAUUCUCAUCAACUUCGUCCUCGUCCUCGUCAAACCGGAACUCUUCCUCUCCAUCACUAGACCCAUGCACCCCCAGCACAACGAGCACAACCAGCAAGGAAAGCGACGAAGACUGGGACUGGGACUGCGACCGCGAACUGGAUCCCUCGCUCGGCAUGCAUUUCUACAAAUUGCCCGAUAGGCUCGACGCCUUCCAAUCAGUCCCCCACCCGCCCCGCCACGUGCAUCCUCCUCCUCCUCACCAUUACCCUCACCCGCAGACUCACCGGGUAAAUAAUAAUAAUACGCACCGGGAGGAAGACGAGGCAGACGCGCUAACACCCCUCGAAAUGCCCGACGGCAGUACCCGCUUCACGGCGAAUUGGCUACCCGUUGAUCCCACAGGUGGAUUCACCAUUGAUUCCCCGUCAGUGUCUGCAUCUGCGUCUGCGAUGGAAUUCGGCUAUCCGUCGGGGCAUGGCUAUGGACACCCAGAUCACGCGUACGGGUAUGGCUAUGGAGACCCCAUCUCGAUGGAAUUCAGCAAGGAGGCGUUUAUCCAGAUGCCAGCGCCGGUGUGA